GUGUGAUGCGAUGAUCUCGCGACACGUGACUCUCGACGUCGAGGAUGUUAACACGUGUCCACGCGACAAAAAGACUGAUCUGCGAGGCGGCCGCGUUUCGCUCCCGUGUAGUGUCUAGGGUUUCUCAAGUUGGGCCGCUGGAAAUGGGCCCAAUUGUGUAACGAAUUUUAGCCCGGUAGGUUUAGUGGGCUUAUAUUAUAAUCUGUUUCUGGGCUGGGCCCUUGGGCCCGUUUCUAUAAAUUAAAAAACUAUUGACGGAAAAAAAAAAAAAAAAAGACUUUUAAAAGAGAAACAUUUGGAUUCUUUCUUGUGUAGUGAGAUUGGCCAAACCCCUAGUAGAUACAAACCUUGAGGUACUAUUCACUCAUAAAGCAUUAGAGAAACACAGGGAAUCUUGACAUUGAGAUCUUGAUCCCCAUCCUGAUAAUAAGUUGAUAUUGACAAACCAAGUCGAAACGCAAUAUAUUUUUUUAUUGACAACUUGUUCCACAGGACUACAUAUAAAAAGACCGGAGCCUAUUACGUGUCCAUGUACAAGGUUGACUAACUGUUAAAGUUUGGAGAUGGAGAUAUAUAUAGAGAAUUGGUCAGAGCACAAGUAAAAUCUCGACAUCCUCCUCUCUUGUCCAAGUUUUCAAAUUGUCCCAACCAGCAGCAGUAAGUAUAAAAUGGUGUUCUGUGGGCUCUUCUCUCCUCUUAUGAAUUGCAUCAAACCAAAUUCUAUCAACAAGAACACUUCCCUGGUCCGAACAGAUAUGAGUUCCAAAUACUCAUCAGACCUCAAGUACUACACAUCCGCUUGCCAACAAGACUCCGACCUCAAAACCUUUGAUUCCUCCCUUCACAAGCGAACAAAUAGUGUCAUGAAGUUGCUCGCUGAUCAGGCCAAGUCCCAGUCUAUAUCCCAAGGCUCACUCAUAGUCAUGGAGGUCUACGAGUUUAUGCUCGACCUCAACCGAGACGUAGUAAAGGAGAUCAUCGAAAGCAGAGAAGACGUCAGGAACAACAAAGACCUGACUUCUUUGGUCGAUGUCUACUUCAAAAACACCUCCAAGACCUUAGACUUCUGCAACACCGUCCAGAACUGCGUCAAGAUAGCAGAGAACAGCCGCCUUAUCAUCCGAUACGCGGUGAAGCAGUUCGAGGCAGAAUCCGAGGACGCGAAGAGGAACAAGUACGCGAAAACCUUGGAGGAGCUGAAUAAGUUUAAAGCCGUGGGAGAUCCUUUCGACGGAGAGUUGUUGACUCAGUACGAGUCGGUGUGCGAGGAGCAGGAUCUGCUUCUUGAGGAAUUGGGUAAGCUGAGAGCAAAGCUCGACAAGAAACAGAGGAAUCUAAAGACGUGGAGGAGACUUUCAAACGUGGUUUUCAUAACUGCGUUCGUCUCCGUUCUUCUCUUAUCGGUGGCUGCGGCGGCAUUGAGCGCGCCGAUAGUGUUGACUGCGGUCGCCGCUGGGUUGACCCCGUCGAUCGAGGUUGUCGGAAAAUGGAGUAACGAGAUGUGGAAGAAGUACGAAAAGGCUGUCAGGGGACAGAGGGAGUUGGUCUCGACGGUGGAGACCGGAGCGAAAGUUAACAGAAUAGCGACGGAUAGCAUAAGACUGGAAGUUGAAAAUCUGAGAAUAAAGUUGAAAUUUAUUCUGGAGACUGUUGAUUUUGCGGUGGAGAGAGAAGGAGGAGGAGAAGAAGAUGAGGAGGCGACGAGACUUGCGAUGCAAGAAAUCAAGAAGAAAGUAGAAGGGCUUACGGAGAAAAUCAAGGAAGUAGGUCAACAUACGGAUAGGUUCAGCAAAGUCAUUUCUUCGGAGAGACGUCUCGUCCUGCAGCACAUCCUCAGCUUACCCGCCAACUCCCUCUCAUAGAAGGGGUUCUUGCAAAGGAUGUGUCAUCAAAAGUUGUUGAGCAGGUUGUUCACUUGAAAGGGCUGGUUCAAAAAAUAAACAUCUGUUGACUUAAUAUUGUCUACUAUAAUGAUCUUUUAGAUUCCAUUUUAAAAUGUAAAUGUUAAGAUUUGAAACAAGAUUUGUGAGAAUGUGUU